AUGGCUAUACUCAUUAGUUCUUUGAUUGUUUUUACAAAGUUCCUAUUAACGUAUUGCAUGGAGGUAGAUUUCUGCAUACCUGUUCGCGUGGAUCAUCCAAAGCACGAAAAGCAUCUGCACAUGAAGCACACGGAGCACAUCAUGAAUGAAAGACAGAUGGUUUACAAACUAAGUGCAUUCAAACAGGAAUUUCACCUUCACCUCACACCGGAUGCCAGUUUCAUUGCACCGGGCAGCUUGCCGCGUGAGAAACGCUCCUCAGCAUCCAACGCCUCUUCUGCAACCGCAUCUGACUUACGGGAAUGCUUCUACUCUGGUACCGUCAACGCGGAACCAGACUCCUUCGCCGCGCUCAGCCUGUGUAAAGGUCUCACUGGGGCGUUCUCCUAUAAAGGCAUGGAGUAUUUCAUCAGCCUGAGGACCGAAGACGAGCCUGGACAUGGAAACUCUUUGGACAGGACGCAUGUCAUCCGCCGCCGCAGACGCGUUGAUGCGCACUCGGAUGGCAACUUCACCAGCAGGUGUGGAGUCACACCUGACGCCAACUUCAACAUCUCCCUGGAGAAAUACAAGCACUUGGAGAUUGAUGGUUUGACCGAAACUGUGUGGAAAACCUUGGGGAGGUCCAAGAGGUUCGCCUCCAUCCCCAGGUUUGUGGAGGUGCUGGUGGUGGCAGAUGAAUCUAUGGCUACAUUUCACGGGGAUGACCUGAAGCAGUACCUCCUGACCCUGAUGUCAGUGGCAGCCAGGCUUUACAAGCACCCCAGCAUUCUCAACGCCAUAAACAUCGUGGUGGUGGGCUUUGUGGUGAUGAAUGAGGCUGACAAGGGACCUAAGGUUUCCAGUAACGCAGCCCUGACUCUGCGCAACUUCUGCUCCUGGCAGAAGAAGUUGAAUAAACACGGCGACAAGCACCCAGAGUACUGGGACACUGCCAUACUGUUCACCAAGCAGGAUCUUUGCGGGGCCACAACCUGUGAUACGCUGGGGAUGGCUGACGUCGGGACCAUGUGUGACCCGAAGAGGAGCUGCUCCGUCAUUGAAGAUGAUGGCUUGCCCUCCGCUUUCACAGCUGCCCAUGAACUUGGCCACGUCUUCAACAUGCCCCACGACAAUGUGAAGGCAUGUGAGGAGGUAUUUGGGAAACUAAAGGACAACCACAUGAUGUCUCCCACGCUGAUUCAGAUCGACAGGAGCAGACCCUGGUCUGUGUGCAGCGCAGCCAUCAUUACUGAGUUCCUGGACAGAGGUCAUGGAGACUGUCUGCUGGACCAACCUCAGAGGCAGCUGUCUCUCACAGACAACCUGCCUGGUUCCAGCUACAGCCUCCAUCGCCAGUGUGAGCUUGCCUUUGGCCCCGGCUCCAAGCCCUGCCCAUACAUGCUGCCCUGCUCCAAGCUGUGGUGCACCGGGAAGGCCCGCGGCCAGCUGGUCUGCCAAACCCGACACUUCCCCUGGGCGGACGGCACCAACUGCGGUAACGGCAAGGUGUGCUACCGAGGAGCCUGCACUGAUAAGAACAACACCAUGCACAUCAAGGUGGAUGGCCGGUGGGGGAAGUGGGGAGCAUUUGGAGGCUGUUCCCGAAGUUGUGGAGGAGGAGUUCAGCUGGCCAAGAGGGAGUGUGACAACCCCCUUCCUGAGAAUGGAGGCAAAUACUGCUACGGCCUUCGCAUCAAAUAUCGCUCCUGUAACCUCAACACUUGUCCUGAAACAGGUAAGAGUUUCCGUGAGGAGCAGUGUGAGGCGUACAAUGGCUUGAACCUGAACACCAACAGACUGGGUUCCUCGGUGGUUUGGGUUCCUAAAUAUUCGGGCAUCUCUCCCAAAGACAAAUGCAAGCUUAUCUGCCGUGCCAACGGGACUGGGUACUUCUAUGUCCUCGCUCCAAAGGUUGUGGAUGGAACGCCCUGCUCUCCUGACACCUCAGCUGUAUGUGUUCAAGGAAAAUGCAUCAAGGCAGGCUGCGAUGGCAGGCUGGACUCCAACAGGAAGUUUGACAAGUGCGGCGUGUGUGGCGGCGACAACCAGGGCUGCAAGAAGGUCUCAGGAAUGUUCACCAAACCUAUUCAUGGCUACAACUUUGUGGCGUUGCUGCCUGUUGGAGCUUCCAACGUCGACGUCCGUCAGCGUGGCUACCGAGGCAUGGUCAGCGAUGAAAACUACUUAGCGGUGAAGAACCGGCACGGCAAGUACCUGCUAAACGGCAACUACGUGGUGUCGGCCGUGGAGCGCGACUUGCUGGUGAAGGGCAGCUUACUGCGCUACAGCGGCACUUCCACAUCCGUGGAGAUUCUUCAGGCCACCAGACCCCUGCAGGAGCCUCUGACGGUGGAGGUGCUGUCUGUAGGGAAGAUGACUCCUCCCAGGGUGCGCUACUCCUUCUACAUCGCCAAGGAGAGCAAAGAGGAGAAGACUCUGCGGAAAGAGGAGAGAAGCCACACGGCGCAUAAUAGUGUCUUGGCGGACAAUAAUAGGGUAGAAGCUAAGAAGCAGAUGAUGGGUAAGAGGCCGGCCAGUCACUGGGUGACAGGAAGUUGGGAAUCGUGCACGGUGACUUGUGGGAACGGUCUGCAGAAGAGGCUGGUGCAGUGCCAGAGCAUGGAGGGGCGUACUGCAGUUGACUGUGACAGCGCUGACAGGCCUGUAGCGGUGAGAGCAUGUGGGGAUCCAUGCCCCAUGUGGGAUGUCGGGGCUUGGUCGCACUGCUCCAAGUCCUGUGGAAGGGGCUUUAAAAGGCGGCCAGUGCGCUGCAUGACUGAGAACGGUCUGAAUCUACCUAGAGACCACUGCUCUGGAAGGAGGAAGCCUCAGGAACUAGACCUCUGCAAUCUGAAGCCAUGUUAAAGCCGAGCAGACAGCCCAAGGACUUAUUUUUGUCAAAGUGAUGAUUUGAAAUAACUUUGACUAAGCCCAAAUCAGCACGAUAAUGAUCCCAUGGCUGUGUUGGAUGGAAACACUCUCAAAUGCAGCCUGACUGUGCCUGAACGGGCGUCUGCUACACCGAAGAAAGCCAAUGGAGACAGGGAGGGUCUCCCUCUGUUGUUUGAAAAGACAGACAUCUGUUCAGAGAGACACGAGGGAAAUCUGUCUCCUUGUAAACUGUCAAACCAUCUGCCUCAGGUUUGACGUGUGGUUAGUCUACCUCUACCAGGAAAGAUGACACAACGCCUGAGCAUGUACAGAGAGUAUCAGAGGAGAAAGCUGCAGAGAGAGAGAGAGACAGUGAUCGCACACAAACAUAAUUUCUCGCUACAGUUCCGCGCAGGGGAUGAAAUUGCAAAAGCAGAGAAAAAUGAAAGUCCAGGACAAAUAGAUGAAGCACGGCGAGGUAUAACCUCGGCACUCACACUGUGCAGUUAUCAGAAGCAGAUAUCUCACCUGUGAAUUGACAUUUUUUCUCAUUUCACUGAAGAACAAAUCAAAAUGUGAAACACAGUACUGUAUCAUUCACGCAACAUUCAAGACCCGAAUGGUCCGAGCAGUUUCUACAUCUUUUUGCUGUUGUAAUCUUUCUCAAUUCAGUGCUAUUGGCUGUUGUCUGAUGUAGAAUAAUCAAAGCCUGGAGCCAAUCAUACUUCCAGUCAGAGCCAGAUCAUAGCUUUACAAGCAUUAUAUCCUUCCAAACUGAAAAAAAAUUAAUUCAUAAUCAACAAUAGAUCCUACAUACUUGACACAAUAUAAUGAAUUUGAUCAAUAUCAAAGAAUUCAUACAUUUUAUUUCUGACCAAAAAAGUAAAAAAAUAUUUUUUAUAAGAGAAAGUUAGUUUCGAGCUAAGAUGUUAGCAUAUUCUAUCCAGUGAAUGUAGGCUGUUUGUAAGCUGCAAUCAUAAUGUGUCUGUGUCAGUUCUGUGUAAACCAAACCGACCAAUGCUCAGCUGUUUGUUCUAUGUUGCCAAAGAAUUAUAACCUUCAAAAAAGCCUUA